UAUUAUCAAACACAAGUCGUCUGCCUGUCAAACUCCAAUGGUCUCAAUACGAAACUGAAAAUGGAGUUAACGUCGCUUCUCCUUUACAUUACCAUAUUCUUCUCUGUGUUACUUGUUCUCAUACUAUUCAGUGAUGGUGAUUUAACUUUGAUGCUAGUAGAGAGAUUUGGAAAACGUUUAAGUUCGGUGAAAGGACAAGUUUAUUGGAUAGUUGGCGCUUCCUCUGGAAUUGGGGAGUAUUUGGCAUAUGAGCUUGUUGCAAAUGGAGCAAAAGUAGUUUUAUCAGGCAGAAGAGAAAAUGAACUGCAGAAAGUCAAAACCCAGUGCCUACUUAUAGGGAAGAAGGCAGGCCUUUCUGAAACUGAUAUUUUGCUUUUACCUGUUGAUGUUACCAAACUUGAACUUCAUCAGCAAUAUUUUGAUGCUGUUUUACAACAUUUUGGAACAUUGGAUGUGUUAGUGAAUAAUGCUGGCAGAUCCCAGAGAGCAGAGUGGAUGAAUAUUGAUAUAAGGGUUGACAAAGACCUUUUUGAUGGCAAUGUUUUUGGACUUCUCAACCUCAGUCGUAUUGUAAUGCCACAUUUUCUCUCUAAGAAGAGAGGCCAGAUUGCUGUGACAUCAUCUGUGUGUGGAAAAGUUGGAGCUCCAUGCUCAGCCAGCUAUAAUGCUACAAAACAUGCUUUACAUGGAUAUUUUGAAACGUUACGUGCCGAAUUGACAUGUCGGGGCGUAUCAGUUACCAUGCUUUGCCCUGGACCAGUUUUCUCCGAUCUACUCAGCGCUUGCGCUACGGAUACUUACGGCCAAAAAUUGGGCAGUACUAUGACCAAGAAAGAUCGACGAAUGUCCACGGAACGGUGUGCACGACUUUGCGCCAUAGCCAUAGUUAAUCAGUUGGAUGAAGCUUGGAUUUCUAUCAACCCUGUUCUGUUAUCUUUGUAUGUAUCACAAUAUGCGCCCUCCCUGUUUAGAAGUUUUAAUGGUCGUAUAGGAGCACGGGUUGCCAUGUCACUCCGUGAUAGCAGGAAUGAUCUCGUUAAUAGUUGCAAGAAAGAUAUACAAGGUGAGAAAUCGGACUGAUGGCCAUAAAGACGUUACCGAUCCUUCCACAAUAUUUUGCAUUCAGUGAUACUACAUGAAAAUGCUAUAGAGGCAAUAGUGCCCAUUCUUUAUUAGCCGGUGUAAUUCUAAACGAUAAGCUAAGCCAUUAUGCAAAAAUGAAUUAUGAAAUUUCGAACGUUUUGUUCUUAAUUUGUUAUGAAUAUAUGAAGGAUUUGGCAACCUUGAA